AUGAUUAUUGCAAGUAUCCGAAGGAUAUUCGCUUCCUUCAGAACAGAGGAGGAAGAGAGGCUCUAUUCACGAAAGGCUUUCUUCAACUUGCUUGGUUUCCUUGGUUCCUGCGUGAUAUUUUCAUUUGUCGCUCAGAAGCUCUCGAGGCAACCAGCUAGUAUCGCCAACGUUGCGAGGGCUGACGUUCUAAUUAAGGCGCUUCUGGCGCAAGUCUAA